GGCUCUAAUAUUCAUAUAAGAAGAUCGUUGGUUACUAAUCCCUAUUUCCUAUUCCUCGAGAAAUUCCGCGCUAACUUACAAUCACGGAAUGUGACGAAUUUGAAAGCAACAACAAUCGCUCAAUUGGCCGGUAAGAAGUGGCGUGAAAUGAAACCAAGCCAGAAGUCCACCUAUAUUAAAAUGGCACAUAAAAACCGUGAAGCUCGAGCAGCGAGUGGCAUACACAUCACAAGACGAAGACGGAGUAAGAAUCACUCAAGGAAAUAUUAAAUAGUGCAUUUAAGUGUUAAGUAUUACAUUUGCAAGUUUUUCUCAAUAAUCAAAAUUGAUUCCGUAACUUUGAAUAUGUUACAUACAAUUUAUAAAAACCUGUUGCUUUCCUCUACAAAGAUAUUUUAAAGAAUUCUUGAGACCCCAAUAAGAAUUUGUUAUAUUAAUAUUGGCUUAGUUCCAUAGUGCGCUUUCAAGUACGGCGUUUUGUAACACUAGUUGAGUAGGCAGUGGCAACUCUAUUUUGGCAUAUUGAAAAACAAAAACACAUUUUGUUGGCACGCUUUAGUAAUUACUAAACAAAUCUAAAAUCGGAAAAGCAUCAGUUGAAAUAUGAGUUCUGGAUUUGUUACCGAAACGGAGGCUGUUGAAACACGCCAGCGUCGCCAAGAAGAAUGGGAGCGGGUGCGGAAGCCCGAUGACCCAGUUGAAUUGCCUCAGGAUUCUAGAUCAUUAUAUGACCGCUUAAAGGAGCAAAAAACUAAGAAAGAUAUGGAAUACGAGGAGGCACACAAAUUGAAGAAUCUAAUACGUGGUCUCGACGACGAUGAAGUUCAAUUUCUGGAGUUACUGGAUCAAAACAAACUAGAUGCCGAGCGUCAGCAGCUUCGUGAUGAGGAGCGAGAGUUGAAUGAUUUUCGUAGCCGUGUCGAAAAAAUGCAUGAAGAAAGCGUUGACAAGAAGAUACAAGCGGAGCUCAAAACAACAGCGAAAUCGGCGAGCACACAGGCACUGCGCGCCACACAAAAAACUCUCUUGCAAAAAUCGCUGGUCAUCAAGCGCAAAAAUGGAGAGGUACCCACAACUAGCAAAGUUGCCAAAACAGAGGACACACACAGCGGGAAUUCCACCGCAAAGCCUGCGCCAGUUUCCAUAACUACUACAAAGUAUGAUCAAGGCGGCCUUAAAUGCAUUGCCAUACUACCAGGCAUUGGUUCGUAUACAGAAUCGAGCGAUUCUGAGGCAACAACGGAAAGCGACGACCUAGAGCACGAUCACUGCACCCGGAUGGACUUAUGCGGCAGACAGAUACCUAAAAAGAAACAACCAUGUAACGAGUAAGGCGCGUGCUUAGUUUAUAAAAAACAGUGUAUUGGAUUUUCACAUAUGUAUUGAAUUAAAGCUUAAAAAUUAUCGA